AUGGCAACCCACCCCGAGACCAUGUCCGCCAUCCGCGUCCCCCGCACCGGCGGCGUCGAGGUCCUCACCCACGAGACCUCCGUCCCCGUCCCCGCCCCCUCCGCCGAGGGCCAGGUCCUCGUCCGCAACGAGUACGCCGGCGUCAACUACAUCGACACCUACUUCCGCACCGGCCUCUACGCCGCGCCCCUCCCGCAGACCCUCGGCCGCGAGGGCGCCGGCGUCGUCGCCUCCGUCCACCCCUCCGUCACCGGCUUCAAGGCCGGCGACAGGGUCGUCUACAUGGGGCCCUUCGCCUCCUACGCCACCUACUCCCUCGUCCCCGCCGACAAGCUCCUGCGCGUCCCGGACGCCCUGCCCACCGACAAGGCCGCCGCGGCGCUGCUGCAGGGCCUGACGGCCUGGACCUUCAUCCGCGAGGCCGGCGUCGUGGAGAAGGGCGAGUGGGUGCUCGUGCACGCGGCCGCGGGCGGCGUGGGGUUGCAGCUGGUGCAGAUGCUGCGGGCCGUCGGGGCGAAAGUGAUUGGCACGACGAGCAGCGACGAGAAGUGCGCGCUGGCGAAGAAGAACGGCGCCGAGUGGGUCGUCAACUCCAAGACGCAGGACCUGGUCGCGGAGGUGAAGAAGAUCACGGGGGGCCACGGCGCGGACGUCAUUUUCGACGGUGUUGGAAAGGCGACGUUCGACAGCGACCUCGAGAUGGCGGCGCGCAAGGGGCGGUUGGUCGUCUUUGGUAACGCGUCGGGUGCUGUUCCCCCAUUCGACAUUCUUAAGCUGGGACCCAAAAACUUGAAGGUCAUGCGCCCUGUGGUGAACAACUACGUGGCGACGAGGGAGGAGCUGGAGAAGUACAGCGCCGAGCUGUUUGAGAUGAUCACCUCGGGCAAGGUCGAGGUCGCCAUCCACAAGGCUUACCCGCUCGCGGAUGUCAAGGCGGCGCACACGGAUCUGGAGAGCCGUAACACCACCGGCAAGCUCCUGCUGAAGAUCGAUUGA